AUGCAUCCAGCAAAACCACUUUUAACCAAGGUAGCCAUGAGCGUUUUAACAACCAUUCUGACUUCAGCUUCUGUGCUCGGUAAUGGCUUCGUUCUCGCGGUCAUUGCUCGAUUUAAAUCUUUACGAACAGUUCCGAACAUUCUCAUCGCCAAUCUUGCCCUGGUGGAUCUCUUUAAUGCAGUCAUCAACAUGCCGUCGUAUAUGACUUACACUGUUUUGGAGGCGGGUUGGUUCAGAGGCAAGACUUUGGGAAUCCUGACUAGUAUCUUUAAUCGAGUCUUCUUGGUUCUCAACCUCACUUCGAUGCUCGCCAUGACGAUUAAUACGUUCCUGGCCAUUUCGUUUGACAUGAAGUACCUUGCCUGGAAGUCGAACACGAAAGCUCUGGUCUGCGCAAUUCUUAUUUGGUUCAUCAGUAUCGUGACCGUAAUGCUGUUCUCGGUUCCGCUAUCCGAUAUCGAUCUUGGUGAUGCUCAUGUCAAUGAAUACAGAGGCGAGAUCUAUAAACAAGGAAAGUAUUUUGUCGCGUCCACGAUGGCGUUCUUUAUCAUAAGUGGCGCAGUUAUCUGUUUUCUGACGACUCGAGCAAUAACGAAGAAGAAAAGGAAGGUAUGUUAA